AUGCCGUUCUACUGGGUGCAGGGCGUGUGGGACUUCAGCAUGGGCAGCCUCACGGAGUGUGAAUUGCCGAAAGUGUACCUCGACCAUGACGUAGAAACUGAGAACCUCUGCAACAUUAAACUGCUUCUAAAAGGCUCAGAGCUAGAGUCCAGGAGUUCCAGAGGGAUUCUGGGAAAAUUGAGGCACAGAUAAAGUAACUUUCCAAGGUCACCAGGCAUUUUACCUCCAGAAGCUAACUUACCACUCUGCUACCAAAUAUUUUGAAAAGAAGAAAAAGUAACAAGUCUAAAGACAACAGAGUCCAUUGAUUAUUUCACUGGACAGUCACAUCAUGCCAUUUUUCCACUCUUGAGGACACACCAGGCCGCUUAA